AUGUAUGAGCAAGCAAAUUUGAGUUGUGUUUUAUUUUUUUUUAUUUUUGUCUUUAGGUUUUCUUCUCCUUUGUCUUUUUUGCGCUCAUUGCCAGUCAGUCAUGUUUGUGCAAACGGUUUUGCUGGGCAGCCAAUUGGAACGAACUAUACGUUAUUUUUGUAUCGCACUCAAAAACGCCAUAAAGAUCGUACACGAUUUUCGCUCAGUUAUUUAGUUGUUCACAUUUCGAUACAUUCUUCUCGUGUUUUGUACGUUCAAGUCAUAAAUUGCCUUGUUUUACACGACAUUGAGGUACCAGACUUGGUUAAAAUCCAAAGAGACGACGACGAUGAUAUGGAACCUAUUAAAUUGGAUUGUAAUUAUGAACUGGAAGAAGAUCCCUCCUAUUUAGUUGUCAAAUGGUUUAAGGAUAACAACAAUAUAUAUCAAUGGAUACGUGGUAAACCCCCUGCAGCGCUGCGCUACUUCAGGCAUCAUAUUGGAGAAAUCGAAACCACAUCGUCGGAUAAAAACCAUGAGUAUCGUGGCUUAACACUAAUCAAUCCCUCAAUCGAAUUAAGCGGCACUUAUAAAUGUUUAGUGCAAACAGAUCGUGACUCAAAAGCCAUGGAAAAGGAAUUACAUGUGGUUGAUAUUAGUAACAGUACAUUUGUGUUUGACAAUCAUCCCGUACAAAAUGAAACCUAUUUAGAAUGUAAAGUAACAAACAUAUUUCCCCGGCCCAGAAUACAUUUAGUAUCUCCCGAUGAGAGUAUUGUUUUGUCUAGUAAUGAAACACGCAUAGAAAAGCUUAAUAAUGAUUAUUAUGAUGCGUCCAUGACCGCCAUCGCUCAAAAUACCGAUGACGAUGCUGAUGAUUUUUAUUGUUUCAUUACAUUUGAAGGCAUUAAUCUAAAUCUUACCGCCAGUACUGUUAGAUCGGCUGUAGGUAGAAAUUCUCUAAACUAUAGUUAUCUGUGGCUAAUAUUUGUUUUGGCCUUUUCAACGAAAUUGUUAAGUUUGUUAUAAUUGUAGAUAUUUGUUGCUUGUUUUUAAUAUUAUUUAAUGUUUUUUUUUAUGUAAAAAAAAUAAAAAUCUAAUCAAACGAUUAUUUACAAAUUGCAUUAUAAAUGUAUGUACAUAAUAAAUAAAUUAUUUAUAAUUAUCUGUAUACAAUUUUUAAAUAAAUAAAAGAUGUAUGUUUAAU